AUGGCUGCCAUAUUUAAAAAGUAUUUUGAUCCAGUAAAAACUAAAGUGAGAUCGUCCUAUAUAAACAGUCCAGUUGGUCUGAUGUUUGAUCUAAUUGAAGCAAAGACCGGUGUUGAAUCUGCAGUCGUUGCUAUUGGUCUAGUUGCUAUUCUUGCCACCCAUCUGGUGUUUGGCUGGUGCAACGAUUACUUAUGUAAUUUGAUCGGAUUAGCCUAUGGAACAUACGCCUCGUCAAUGGCGAUUUUAUUAUCGAACUCUGAUGUCAAUCGUAAUGGCGCUUAUCAAGCAGAUGAUGUCAGUCAAUUUUGGUAUAAAGGAGAAAUGUCACGUGAAGAUGCUAUUGAUUUACUUAAAACAAAACCACCUGGUACAUUUCUUAUUCGUGAUAGUCAAGGUUUUCCUGGUUCUUAUGAUCUAGCUGUUAAAGUUGAUACAUUACCAUCGGGUAUUCAUUCUGAACCAGAUGCCGUUUCUUGUGAUGGACUUGUUCGACAUCAUCUUAUUGAACGAACAUCAACUGGACAUGUUCGAUUGAAAGGUUAUCCUAAUGAACCUGAUUUCGAUAAUCUAUCAGCAUUAGUCUACCAACAUACAAUAACGGCACUUAACUUGCCUAUAAAACUUAUUCUACCAACAGUUGAUAUUGCUGAAGAUUUUCAUCCUAUGACAGAUCAGCAACAAGAAAGUAAAAAACUAGUUAUUAAAGAUUUAUUGGAAAAAGGAGCUGCUUGUAAUGUUGUUUAUUUAAAUAAUGUUGAUGUUGAAGCAUUAUCCGAUGAAAUGGCUGUAGCUAAAGCAUUAAAUGACACAUUUGAAAAUGCUGAAUAUUUACAAGCUACUGUUGUUCAUUUUAAAGUAUCAAAUACUGGUAUCACAUUAAUAGAUCUUAAGAAAAAAUUAUUUUCAAAACGUCACUUUCCAAAAGAGUAUGUUACAUAUUGUGGUCUUGAUUAUGAAACAGAUCGUUUUUGGACAUAUAAAUAUAAUGAUCUUGAAAUGUUGCCAUAUGCAAAAUGUUUCGGUUUUGUAUCAAAGAAAAGCAAUGAUACAGAAUAUUCUCAAUCAGAAAAUAAAUGUCAUAUAUUUGUUGAAAUUGAUCCAUCACAACCAUCAACAUCUAUUGUCAAUUUUGUAUCGAAAGUUAUGAUUGGCAGUAUGCAUGUUUAG